CCGUGUGGCGCUGUGCGCGUGCGCUCGGGGGCCUGCCGAGGCGCCGCUCCCGGUCGGCGGUUGGGGCGGGAUGGAGCGGGACUUUGUGCUGGCGCUGCAGCUCCAGGAGCUGUGGGAGGCGGAGGAGGCGGCGGCGGCAGCGGCAGCAGCAAGCCCUGAGGCCCCGCCGCAGCGCUCGCCCCCCCGCCCGCUGUCGGUGGUGGAUGAGGCCUGGGAGCUGCUGGACCCCAGCCCCGACGUGCACGGCCUCUUCGUGCAGUUCAACGAGGCGCUUUUCUGGGGGCGCCUGGCGGCGGUCGAGGUGUCGUGGAGCCCGCGCAUGACCCUCUGUGCUGGAGUAUGUAGAUAUGAAGGAAGAGGUGGAAUGUGUUCCAUUCGUCUAAGUGAGCCGCUCUUAAAGUUAAGACCAAGGAAGGAUCUUGUUGAGACACUGUUGCAUGAAAUGAUCCACGCUCUGCUGUUUGUUACGAAUAAUGACAAAGAUCGUGAAUCUCAUGGACCAGAGUUCCGCAAACACAUGUGCCGCAUUAAUCGCUUGACUGGAGCCAAUGUCACAAUCUAUCAUACUUUUCAUGAUGAGGUGGAUUUGUACCGCCAGCACUGGUGGCGAUGCAAUGGCCCCUGUCAAAAUAGAAAACCUUACUUUGGGUAUGUGAAACGUUCAAUGAAUAGAGCCCCCUCUGCGCGAGACUUCUGGUGGGUUGAGCAUCAAGAGACGUGUGGGGGCACGUUCACAAAAGUAAAGGAGCCAGAGAACUUCUCUAAGAAAUCCAAGGAGAAAACUCAGCCAGUAAAACUUCCAAAUUCCGAGUCAACUAACAAAGGCAAGACACAAAUGCGUGAUACUCAAGAUCUGAUGCCUUUUAGUGGAAAGGGAUAUCGGCUUGGAGGAGGAGACAGUGGACUCUCAGAAAAAUGCACAAAUUCCAGCAUCAGUAUUAGAAACAGUGAAACACCUGUUUCACAGCAGCGUUCAGCAGUAAGGACAAUACCAAUCCCUAAAAAUGAGAUAAAAUUUGAAAAAUCACCCCAUAGUGGCAUCUUCUUUCCACUUUAUACUGAUGAUGCCAGUGAGAAAAUCAACUUAGCUUCAAAUGAUGACUUUCCUAAACCCUCUGUUGCUAAUACAAAAGCUUACAAGAAUGUUAGCAGAUCGCCUGUUAAAAUUGCUCAUGUUAGGGAAGAAAAAUCAAAUCAGGGUUCUGCAAAUGGCAAGAGGGUUAUGCCACCUUAUAACAGGCCACUGAAACAAAUUCGUUUUGAGCAGACAACAGCAGCUCAGGUUGCAUCUGAGAAAAAAAGUUCAGCAUGUACUAAUGCACUGCAGCAAUGGCCAAAAAUUGAAGACAAAAAUGCCUUUGAAAACUAUUUUGUUAAAAAAGGGAGUACUGAUGUCACUUCAAGCAUAAAUACACCUGUGAAAACCAAAGCUGAAACUGUAGUGUCCUCUGCAAGUUCCAGCACUGCUGUAAGGCAGGAUAAAAAAGUCAGUUGUCCUGUUUGUCAGGCUGAGGUUUUGGAGUCUAAAAUAAAUGAACACCUUGAUUCUUGUCUUGCAUAAAACCUUUCAGAAAGCUGUCUCAAAAAGAUAAACCAGGGCUGAAAGCAUUGCUUGAAAACUACUUUGCUCGGGGUUUCCUUAGCUGUGGUUACUUCCCCGUGUGCCUGUUCUGAACCGGAACUUAAACUACUGUCAGCACACUGAACAGGUUUUGUGGGGUUGCAGAUCAGCACUCAGUGGGAAGCUAGCUACUGCUAGGUUGUGUUCCAAAGGAUCAAAUACUCAGGUUUUAGUAGGUGGAUGUUUGUGCCAGUGUUCUUGCUGCAGAAUCUGGGUGAUUCAAGAGAAGGUAGAUACUUGCUAAACUACGUAUUUUCAAGACAGUUUUUAAAAUUAAGACUUCAAUCCUGCUAAUUCAUCUUAAGACUCCUUUGUGUUGCUUUAGGUUUUUUUAAGUGUUUCUGGCCAUUCUUAAAGUUAACCACCUAUAGCAGAUAAGAAUUCUUCUGUUCUCUGCAAUGUAAUUAAGUGGCAUGUAUUUUUUGAAUAGUAUAUAUUUUGCAUAAGCCACAAUUACACUCUCAGGUGGUCCUUCUCAUCUUGACAUUUUUGAAAAGAUAGACGAGAGUGAGAAUCUCAAAUACAGUCUUUUGUCAAAGAUGGGAGAGGCACAGGUAUCAAAAGCACAGCAAAGCAUCCAUUUAGGGUUAAUGGGUGGAUUGUAGCAGGAAAAGAGAAAAUCCAGAAGGACAAUAAAGGUGCUAGAAAAUUAAGCACAAGAUAUGUAGUAGAUGAGGAGAAGGCCCUACACUUAAGGGCUCAAUUAAGAAAACUGUCUUGAGGCGCUUGUUUUUGAAAAAGGAUUUAAAAAUGAGCUAUAGUGUUAAAAGUUGGUGUGGUCAAAUGGAAGCUAAUGAACUUCAGUUUUAUGUGUGUCUCUUGGUCCAGGAUCCCAGCUGGAUUGUCCACCCACUUUUUCUGAUAGUUCGCACAAACUGUGUUGAAAGUUCACUAGUUUUUUAGGAUGUCAGUAUUCUGUGCGUGGUUAACUGAACAUCAUAUCCUGACAGUAGUAAAAGUUGCGAGGAAUAUUGGUAGCAAUACUGGUAAAGACUGUUUCUGGCCAUGUCAUAAAAGUGUCCACAAUUUUUCAGUUUAACUUCCAGUGCUUUACAGGUCAAAAUAGCAUUAAAUUAACAUUAGCCGACAGUCUGUAUUUUGCUGCUUCUGGAAGCCAGCCAGCUUGGUGGUUAGUAUCCAACAAGCCACUUGGUUGAGUACUAAAACCAUUGUGCUGUGAAAAGUUACGAAUGCUAAGCAGAUGUGGUUUUUAUGUAAACUUUCUGAAAUGUUAACAGUUCUCUUUCUGCACUGAAAGUAUUUAACUAGUUGAACAGUUAACAGCUUGAUUACUUGCAAAACUGAUUAUAAAUAUUUUUGUUUAAAAAAAAAAAAACUAUGCUGUUUCAGAUAUUGUUGCUAUAACUUUAAAUGGCUGUAUUAGCCUUGAAUGCACGUUUGCCUUAUAUAAUCAGUUACUUGAUGCUCCCUUUUUCAACUGGGAAAUAAACUGAUGUGCAAUGGAACUUGG